CAGAGUGAAGAAAUGUGCAACAGCAGCUCCAUCAGCCACUUCCUCCUGCUGGCAUUGGCAGACACGUGGCAGCUGCAGCUCCUGCACUUCUGCCUCUUCCUGGGCAUCUCCCUGGCUGCCCUCCUGGGCAACGGCCUCAUCAUCAGCGCCGGAGCCUGCGGCCAGCACCUGCACAGCCCCAUGUUCUUCUUCCUGCUCAGCCUGGCCCUCCCCGACCUGGGCUCCAUCUGCACCACUGUCCCCAAGGCCAUGCACAAUUCCCUCUGGGGCACCAGGCACAUCUCCUACUUAGGAUGUGCUGCUCAGCUAUUCCUCUUUGUCUUUUUCUUUUCAGCAGAGUAUUUCCUCCUCACCAUCACGUGCUACGACCGCUACGUGUCCAUCUGCAAAGCCCUGCACUAUGGGACCCUCCUGGGCAGCAGAGCUUGUGCCCACAUGGCAGCAGCUGCCUGGGCCAGUGCCUUUCUCUACGCUCUCAUGCACACGGCCAAUACAUUUUCCCUGCCCCUGGGCCAGGGCAAUGCCCUGGGCCAGUUCUUCUGUGAAAUCCCACACAUCCUCAAGCUCUCCUGCUCCAAAUCCCACCUCAGGGAACUUGGGCUCAUCGCUGUCAGUGCCUGUUUGCUCUUUGGCUGUUUUGUGUUCAUUGUUUUCUCCUAUGUGCAGAUCUUCAGGGCCGUGCUGAGGAUCCCCUCUGAGCAGGGGCGGCACAAAGCCUUUUCCACGUGCCUCCCUCACCUGGCCGUGCUCUCUCUGUUCCUCAGCACUUCAGCAUUUGCUCACCUGAAGCCCCCCUCCAUCUCAUCCCCAUCCCUGGAUGUGGCCCUGUCAGUUCUGUACUCGGUGGUGCCUCCAGCCCUGAACCCCCUCAUCUACAGCCUGAGGAACCAGGAGCUCAGGGAUGCCCUGAGGAAAAGGAUCACGGGUUGGUUUUCAGCAGCAAUAAACUCUCAUUCUCCUGCAGAGCUGCUCUGAUGUGACUCAUUAAUGCCCACUCUGUAUCC